UUAAUUUUAUUUUUUUUUAUUUAAAAAUACUUUUUAAGUGUUUUUAUUGACUGUUUUCAUUUUUUGUUUUUUUUUAAGUGACAGUUUUUUUGUGAUAUUUUUUUUUUAAUAUUUUUGUAGUGGUGUAUAAACUAAAAAAAUACAAAAUGGUGAACAAAGUGUAUAAAGUUAGUUCUGCGAAAGAGGAGAAGGUUGGAAGUAAACACAAUCAGAUUCUUAUGUCUAUUGUAGUAUGUAUGCCAAUCCUCGCGUACGGCACAGCCAUGGGAUGGAUUUCCCCCAACAAAGCCCUGCUAAUGGGGGACUAUUCCCCCUCUAAUUCCCCCCUGUCGGAGGAGGAUGUGUCCUGGAUGGCUUCUAUCAUGUUCAUCUUCGCGCCAAUUGCUGUGUUCGUGUAUGGAGUGGCCGCUGACAAGUUUGGUCGGAAGAAUGCGUUGCUUUUCGCUUCGGUACCUAUUUCUCUCGGCUGGGCAGUAAAGCUAAUGUGCGCUCACCCGAUAGCGCUGAUCGGCGCGCGCGCACUCAUUGGUUUCGGCUCGGGAGGAGGGUUUGUGGUCUGUCCUCUGUAUGUGAAGGAGAUCAGCGAAGACAGUAUCCGAGGCAUGACGGGGACUUUCGUUAUAUUCUCCCAGACUGCUGGAAACCUGCUAGUCUUCGUUCUAGGAGACUUGCUGCCCUUCAACACAGUACUAUGGAUCCUACUGGCGAUUCCUCUCAUACACUUCUGCAUCCUACUCCGGCUGCCGGAGACACCCUCGUACCUGAUCAAAUGUGGAAGAAAUGAGGACUCUGCCAAGGUCUUGGCGUGGCUUCGCUCCGUCCCUGUAGAUGACAAGUCAAUCUCUGAAGAAGUUGACAGACUGAUCAUUGAGCAAACCACGAGCGAACCUAAAUUCUCUCCAAAACUAUUGUUCUCCGACAAGACGGCCGUCAAAGCAUUCUGGGUGGCUCUCAUAGUAAACCUGACUCGAGAAUUCUGCGGCUGCAUCGCAGUUCUGGUCUACGCCAGUCACAUCUUCACGGAGGCAGGCAGGGACCCUGGUACCAGAAUCGCCUUGUCGCCGAACAAGCAAUCCAUUUUGCUCGCUGCUGUCCAGAUCAUUGGGUCGUUUUUGGCGUGCCAGCUCGUUGAUAGGGCGGGGAGAAAGCCUCUCCUAGCAGUGACAAGCGUAGUAGCGGGCUUCAGCAUGUGCCUACUAGGUGUUUGGUUCUAUCUACAAAGCAUAGGAGUCUUCAUGCCCGGUUGGGUGCCAAUAGUAGCGUUGUGCGUUUGCAUAUUCGCUGAUGCAUCGGGCUUGCAACCUCUGCCCUUCGUUAUAAUGACCGAGAUGUUCAAUUUCCAGCUCCGAGGAACUGUAGCGACCCUUAUAAUGGCGAUAUCUCUGGGAACCGACUUCGCUCUACUCAAGCUUUUCGCGCCACUAAACGUUUGGAUAGGCUACCAUUCCACCUUCUGGAUAUUCAGUUUCAUCUGCCUUUCAAACGUCUUCUACCUCAUCUUCUGCGUUCCUGAGACCAAAAUGAGGAGUCUAGAAGACAUUUACGCAGAUCUAGAAGGAAAGAAAAGACGAAAGAAGAAUGAAGAAGUGGUGGAAACCAAUCACGUUUAGUUUAUGUUCCUAGUAGUUUUUUGUAAUGUUGAUGUGCCAAUGUGGCGCCUAAGUUUGUAAAAAAGGAAAUAUUUUCCAUGGUAUACUACUUAAUCCCUAUAUUAAGUUAAAAUUAUCUUAUGCUUUAUAAGUUCUGAAGGAUUCAAUCAGAUUUACAGAUACCUAUUGUCCCGAAUUUAAAUGUAGGUAAGUAGGUCCGAAAUACAAAAUGUAUUGAUAUUUUACUUUAUUGAAUAUGUACAAGUUAUAGUUUGUAAAGCCAUAUGAUUAGGUGCUACGAAGGAUUAUCAGAUUAUAGAUACUGUUCCAUAUUACAAAAUAUAUCGAUAAUUAGUUUAAUGAAUAGGUACAAGCAACAAUUUGUAAUACUAUAAAAUUAAGUGCUACCUACUCAUUGAGAACUCAUUUUAAAUUUAAGAAUCUCUGUAUAACGGUCAUUUUCAUAUCAUUCCGUGUUGCCAUACUUAAAAUAAGUUU